AUGACUUUGAAUCCUCUGGGAUCCACACUCUACACCAGCAAUGAGCCCUUGGACCAAGCAAACUUGUCAGCAAAGCGAACAACUCAGCCCCCUCUCGAUUUAAAUUCACUCCCCAUUCACAUCUACAUUUCCCUGUUCAUUUGUGUACUAGGAGUAUCUGGAAAUGGACUUGUGAUAUUUCUUCUCUUCUACAUCAAAAGGAAGCCUUUUACUGUCUACAUUCUACACCUCGCUAUUGCUGACUUCAUGGUCCUUCUCGGUACAUUAGUCUUGCAGCUGCUGAUAAUAACUGACAAUUACCCCCAAAAUGAUACUCAAUUGAACUACAUCAUCUACUUGGUGAAUUUUGGCUAUAACACAGGUCUCCACCUCCUCACAGCCAUCAGCGUAGAACGGUGCCUUUCAGUGCUUUAUCCCAUCUGGUACCAGUGCCAACGCCCAAAGCACCAAUCUGCUGUAACCUGCACCCUGUUGUGGGCACUUUCUUUGCUUGUAUCUGGGUUAGAGAAUUUCAUUUGUAUUUUCCAAAACCAGCCUAAAUUCCCAGAAUGUCAAUACGUGUACAUAUUUUCUUGUGCCUUGACCUUCGUCUUUGUUCCUCUUAUGGUCUUCUCUAGUGUGAUUCUCUUUAUCAAAGUUGGCUGUAACCGGAAGCCACGUCAACCAGCCAAGCUCUAUGUUAUCAUCAUGGUCACUGUGGUACUGUUUCUUGUCUUUGCCAUGCCCACAAAGGUCCUACUCAUCAUGGGUUACUAUGGCCAUAAUUAUUCUGUGUGGUAUUUCUUUCCUUAUAUGAAUAUGUUGUCCAUUAUCAAUAGCAGUGUCAACCCAGUUGUUUAUUUUGUGGUAGGUAGUAUUAGAAAAAGGAAAAGCAAAAAGUCCCUAAAAGAAGUACUGCAAAGGGUCUUUGAGGAAAAUCCCAUGCCAGGCAUGGGUAGGAAUUCUUCAUGA